UGCUCACUCUCAGCCAGACAGAGACAGAGAGGAAACCUCUUGUCAAGUUUGUCUCUGACCUUCAGAGCAUCAGCAUUUAAACAGAUUCACUUCUUCAUUUUUUUCGCUUCCAUACUGGGCUCUGUGUUUUUCAGAUAUCCUUGUCGAUGGCAGUCAUUCUUCUGAAUAUCUGAUUUUCAGGAACAAAAAGGUGUCCCCAUCACCAAUCCCUGUAUUGCAGUCGGGCAAGCGUGACGCAUGGACACUGACAGGGCGCACACUUCUCAAUGAGAAGCUUCAUAAAUUGAGGUUAUUCAAGUGAGUUUUUUUCUUUUUUCUUUUUGGUAUACCAGAAUUGUUUUGUUCGAGGAUGCUCGUCUCAACUUGGAAUAGAUGCUGUGCCGUGAUGUUUCUCGUCGCUACACUGAAGACCGAGACAACCCAGGUAUCAGAGGCGCGCCCAAAGGCGAAUUUAAUCAAGCCAGCUCCGUUUGGAGGGACGCCUACACCCGCUACAAACCGCUCCGACACUGUCCAACUCGGGAUCACCAAGAGAUAUAACAUGCUUGCGCAGCAGGUGUAUCCAUGCAGCAAUGAUAAGGAGUGCAGCGUGGGAAGCUACUGCCACAGCCCGCAACAGGCUCCCUCUCGCUGCCUCACCUGCCGCAGGAGGAAGAAGCGCUGCCAUCGAGAUGUCAUGUGCUGUCACGGGAACCGAUGCAGUAACUAUAUGUGUGUCCCUAUCUCUGAGAGUGUGCUCUCACCUCACAUCUCAGCUUUAGACGAACAUAACAAACUCUCCACCAAAGACCACAGCUGGAGAAAGAGUGGGAAGGCACAUGCUAAGCAUUCUCUUAAAGGGCAUGAGGGCGACCCUUGCCUGCGUUCAUCCGAUUGCUCGGAGGGCUACUGCUGCGCCCGCCAUUUCUGGACCAAAAUCUGCAAGCCGGUCCUGAGGCAGGGAGAGGUGUGCACCAAGCAGAGGAAGAAAGGCUCUCACGGCCUGGAAAUCUUCCAGCGCUGUGACUGUGCCAAGGGCCUUUCCUGCAAGGUGUGGAAAGACGCCACCUCCUCGUCCAAGUCCAGGCUGCACAUGUGCCAGAAGAUCUGAAGCAGGGGCAGCUGCUUUCGGCGUGGAGGCCUCUGUCUCCAUCUGCCAGGGGAAAUUUUUUGUAAAGGAUGGGUUGUGGCUGUAUUAAAAAAAGGAGUAAAAGACAGAGACUAACAAGAGAAAGAACAGACUGUGUGGGUUCAAGCUCUCUAGUUGGAGAGUGAGUGGGAUUGCUUUAAUGUGUUUGCUGUGAGUGGUCCAUACCUGCACCCACACACAAACUUGCACCCUCACACACACACACACACACACACACGCACACACACACACACACACACACACACACACACAGACACACCCCUCAUGGGUUUGUGAGAUUAAUGAGCUAACAAAUAAAUGAUAAACUUUUUAGACAUUCUCGUGACAUUCAGGGAGCCACAAAGUUAGCCAGUAUAUGCUGUGAUAGGUGUGAACCUUUUCUAGAAGGAGGCAACAGACGUAGCAGUCUUUUAUCAAGCCUCAACUUAUAAUAAUAAUAAGACAAAUAGACUAUUUAUAGACAAGCCAUAGUUUCACUGCACAGUACAUUCUUUACCAAACCCCAAAGUGAAAGAUCUGAUGGGUGUAAUGAUGUGUUUCAUCUGUCAUGACUUGUUAUCUGUUUUAUCAGAUUUCAAUAUCUCACUCUGCUUGGUGUUUGUUUUAAGUAUUGAGGAAUUCAGCUUUACAACCAGUAACAAUAUCCAGACCUACAAUAUACCAGUUAUAUCAUAUGAGGAACAUACUCCAUACACUGCUCAGUCCAGCGCUUGACUUGUGCAACAGCAUGCUGGGACUUCAAUGCGCGUAUAAUACUUUUAUUAAACCAAAGAAUGAAAGAAUAUUUACAUCAGAGUGAUGAGUUUCAUCUGGGACAUUAGCUCCUCGCCCGAUUUUUAGCCACAAGAAGAGAUAUAAAGUAUCGUGUCCUUUGUGUAAACCUCGUUUGAUCUGUCAGAUACAGCUGCAAUCUAUUGUGAUACAACUGUGUGGGUUUAAACAGUUUGCACUGAGGUAGUGCUCUGCUGUAGACUUUGUGGUUCCGAUACCAGACCAGAGAACGGUUCUGCUUUUCCAAUCACAUGAACAGGACUCAAGAUUACCAUGGAAGGGCAAUUUUUUCCGUUUACAAAGCAAAGCCAGUAGAAAUGGAGACGUGAGAAGAUUGAUUAAAGUAACAAAAACGCUCCAUGAACCUGAUGUUUUCAAAGAGAAUUUCUGUUUGAAUCAACAUUAUGUUGAUGGCACUCAGCCCUGUUUAUUUUUCAGUUUUUCAAAUACGACUGCAUACUUUCUACUCAUGAAAUACUGUGCAGUUUUUUGGUACUAGAGGUGAACCAAUGCCUCAGCAUAACUUCUUUAAACAUCCGUUACCUACAUAUUCAAUAUGAUAUCACAUUUGCCUCUUUUUGCUUUAAUGCUUUUAGAGCAUCAACUACACAUCUUUUGUAACCAAAAUAUCAAUAAGCUCUUAUAUUGUAAAUAGAUUGGAACCAAUGAAAUGUAUUUAAGAAUCAAUGUAUAUCAUGUACAUAUAAUAAAGAUAUGAAUCUUAAACAUUACAGCAAAAUUAUCUAGGUGAGAAGAGUAGUGAGGGAUGGAACGGGACGAGCACAGUUGGAUAGAUUCAAGAUAAUGUUGAAAUAAUAAAAGCUGCGUGAAUAGCCAGAAGGGAAAAACAUAGAUACAGACUGGCUGCAUCGAAAGGGAUUUUUUGGAAGAAGAGAGACAAGCACAUUCAUUUCCAAAAUAGUUUGUGUAAAUGGUGUCAAGAUUUAUAUCUCACUAAAUAUUGUCUGUGCUGAUGCUUUUAAUUUGUUUCGUGUAUUUACAAUGAUGACUGAAUAAAAGAAUGUAUUUUGUAUCAUUUGUUAACUGCUUAUCAUUACAUUGUGUUGCUUGUUAUGUUUUGUUGAGUUUUUAUAGUGUGCAACAUGGAGGUAAAACCAAAGGAAGAUGAAAUAUGCUGACAUUAUGCAUUAUGUUUUUAGAAUGAUAAAAUUCAUCAAUCAAGCGAACAGGCUUGUUUCAGACAAGCAAAAGCUCAUUUAACCAGCUGCA